AUGCCUAGAUCUAGACCCGAUCCCAUUUAUAUUUAUCCGCGUGAGAAUGUCAGCACCUCCCAUGAGCUAGCGGCCGUCAUUUUCAUGCACGGCUUAGGCGAUGACGGAGAGUCAUUCCGAGAUGUUGCGGCACAGUUUAAGCAGGCGGGGAAGCUAGAAAGUCUGAUAUGGGUGCUACCUACAGCACCCGAAAACAGAGAUGCCAUGACGACGGCAUGGUAUGGGCAGACCAAGCUGACCGUCAGACCAGCUCCUCGACCAGAACUGGAAGACGAUGAAGACGAAGACGGCAUUUUACAAAGUGUAGUGUAUAUUUGCAACAUUGUGGAUGAUUUGGUCUCAAAAGGCGUGGCUAUGAACAGAAUCUUCCUCGCCGGGUUCAGCCAAGGUUGCGCCAUGUCUCUCAUUAUUGGCCUUACUUCAAAAUAUGCCGGACGGUUCGCUGGCGUAGUUGGAUUGAUGGGUUACUUGCCUCUACAAACUAGAAUUUCGGCGCUGAGGACAGAAUAUGCGCGGGACGCAGAUGUAUCUGCGCAGCCUGUGUUUAUCGGCCGGGGAACACGCGAUCAGCUUAUCCCGAGCCGCUACUUUCAAAUAUGCCGAGAGAAGUUGGAGGAACUAAACGUCAAAGACAUGACUUUCACAGAGUAUCCCAUCGGUCACUCCAUCUCGGGCCCUGUAUUGCACGAUAUGUGUGUGUUUAUGGAGAGGACGCUGGGGAUCGCUGAACGAAAGGCUGAAUAG